AUUCAUAUCCAUGAGCCGUGCAGUCUCCAUUCUGUUUACGAAGCACGUGAAUAACACGAGAUUUUGACCAACGCGGGGGGGGGGAAAAAGACAUACACAUGGAUGAAGCAGUUGUGGAUACCCCAAUUCCUCGUGACCUUGUGAAAGUCCUCGGUGUUGAGUCUCAGAUUCGCUCCAAAGCUGAGGCUUUCACCCAAGCAUUCCUGAAUAACAACACUGAGCCACAUCCACAACAUGAUCCAAAAAGUAUGCUGAGUUAUAAGGCAGUGAUCCUGGAGUACUCCAGGACUAAGAAAAAGAUGCUCAACAAAAAGAGAGCCAAAGGAAUAAAUGCUCAGCAGAAGAGGGAACUGAAGAUUUUCCAUAUAAAGGGUGAACACCAGAGAUAUGAGCUUUUCUUACCUCUGCAUGAGCUCUGGAAACAAUAUAUACUUGAUCUUUGCAAUGGAUUAAAGCCAACAAGCAGUCCACAGUCUGUGCAGCAGAAACUAUUGAAGGCGGACUUCCACGGUGCCAUCAUCACAGUGGUUCGGUCCAAAUGCCCAUCAUACGUGGGCACUACAGGAAUUUUGAUCCAGGAGUUCAAGCAUGUUUUCAAAAUUGUUACACGACAAGACAAAGUGAAAGUAAUUCCCAAGAGGAACAGUGUAUUUGAAGUAGAGAUAAAUGGCUUCAUUUCUUACAUCUAUGGAAACAAGUUUGAGCAGCGAGCCAGCGAACGCUCAGCAAAGAAGUUCAAAAUCAGUGGAACCAUUGACUUGUGAAACUUGUUGGCUGUAUGUUUAUGUAGUGUUACUCAACCAAUGAGAACUGUUUGAAUUUGUUUCAGUGUUUAAACUCUUGUCAAGUCCAUGUUUUUUGGAACAAAGAAGUCUUUAUUUGGUGUUUAGCUUAUGUACACUGCAGGCAAUGUUUUAUUACGGUUUCAUUUUAGUCUUUUUCAUUUGAUCUGUCACCAAAGUUUUUUUGUUUUUGUUUUGUUUUGUAAGAUUGAGGCCAUGUUCACACACACUGAGAUUUUUCUGUGUUGACCUUUUGUCAAAAAAAAAAAAAAAUAAGUAAGUCUAAGUCUCAAGUCUACAACUCAAGUUUCAAGUCAGUGCCAAGUUACUAUGGCAAAACAUAGCAAGCAAUGUCGGGUUCCAACUACACUUCAACCGAGUCUAGUCAAGUCAUUACCUUGGUUAAUUAAGCAAGUCAUUUGUCAAGUCAUCACUCCUCCUGAGUCACAACAUAUAUUGGCACAUUUUUCACUUUGCACUCAGUAUCUGUUCUUGUUUUAGUCAGCUGUGCCAACACAUUUACAAUCACAUCUGAAUCUGAUUCUGACCUAGUUUUUUUUAUUGCUUCCAAACCAGUCUCUGUAUUGUACAUGACAUGUUUUUUCCUUAAGUUGCGAACCUUCCGGGUUGACAUUCUGUUUUUCCCCAAUUCAAUAAAAAACAUAAUCGCUAAGAUACUUAUAAGGUGCUGUCGGCACCUUAUAAGUAUACUGAUUGGCCAAUGCGCUUGAGACCCAACAAAUAUGUUUUCAUGAAUGUGAUUUUUUUUUUUUUUUAAACCUGUGGGUUGACAGAUAAUUUUAACUCCGGCCGUAGGGAAAUGUUUAAAAAUAUAUAUAUCUGUCUACAAGGGCCAAGCCAGUCAACAAGUGGACCUGUCAACUUUGUAGCGAUUGUAGGUCAAAUAAGAAUUGUAAUUAAUUUAGGAUAAAGUAAUAAGCCGAGAGCGACGUUUGCGUUACUUCCGGUUUAUCGUAAUUUUGAUUUAAUUGUUAAAAUCAAACUAAUGUCUCGAAAAGGGCACCACGUCAAUUUUUUCACGUUUAACUUUAGGCAAAAUGAUGACUUUUUAAUCAGUCUCAUGAUCUGGAGGUUGCUAAACUCUACGACAUUUUGAGUCCUAGUUUACAGAAGUUUACUCAAAUUCAGAGCACACACAAAAUACAACCACGAGUGGAAUUUUAUGGUAUAUUUAAUGAAACACACAACUACAAACUACAAGAAGAAAAUCACAUAAGGGUAAACGAAAGAGAGAAAAUAAGGCGUACAAAAAUGGAAAAGAGGAUCGCGUGGUCGCUGGGCUAAAAUAAAUGAGCGUUUAAUGCGUUGAGCCAGAGCGAGAGAAGGCAAAGUUGGGAUUUCAUAUGAAGCUAGUCAUUUGCCCACAAUUAUUACGUACUGAUGUUGUACAUCAUAGUAAGGAUUGCAGUGUCGACUCACGAACGCAGAUCAGCUGGUGUUUGGGGUGGUCUUCCUCUCCGGACCUCAGGCGGGAAAGAAUCCGGUUCGGUUGAAGAAAAACCAGAUGCACAAAAAUAAAAAGAAGGAAAGGAAAGUUGUUGUCCCAUUUGGGAUGCGCUCAUAACUUCCCUGCCGGUUGACCUGGUGGCAGGCUGAGCUCUGGCCCUCAGAGGCGUGCGGGACCGCCGGCAGCUGAUGCCGGCAGUUGCUCGUUGAGGCCCCGCCGACCUAUCGUGGCUAGGGAAAGCGAUCGGAGCCGCAUGGUCUACUUCUUCGAUCGAAAACGCCGCCGGCUUGGUUGCGGCGGCUCCCGGAGGCGCCCGAGGACAAAAAUUGAACAAAAGAAGGAGGAGGGGUGGCCUGAGGCCACCCAGCUGGCGAGCUGCCAGCAAAGGUACAAGGACAAGGAAAAGCCUAACUAGCCUCAACUCAACUCUGAGAAAGGUGUGAUUUUAGAGUUAAAUACCCCAGGGGCGGGGUGUAGGAAGAGGGUGUGCCGACUUGGAGAAGACCACGCCCACCAGCCGUAAUCUUGUCUACAAAUUUGAGUAAAUGGAUCUUAAAAUAAUAUUAAUCUCAAACACUCCCAACUUUGUACUCUCACGCAUAGAAUCAUUGUUUAAACUUUGGUCGUGGCAGAUGAGGUGCUUAUCUUUCAAUACAUUUCGUACUGUUUGAUUUCAAAUCAUGAACAGCUUUCAAAAUCAUGCAGAGGACUUGUCAACGUGAGAAUGUGGACACAGACACCAAGGCAUACAUUUGGAAUAUUUCUACAGAGUUUGCAAGAUAUAAAAACAGACAUUUUAUCUUCCGUUAACAAACAUCAUAGGCAUGUCCACAAGUUCUGGCGCUUGCAGUUCCUCUCAACGCCAGUUGGUGGCACCUGACGUGCAGGUUUGAAUAUUAACCACAUAGUCUCCCCCAACCAUUUGGUCCAGGAAGGGGUCUUUUGAAGACAGGAAUCGAGAUUUGACGGGAAGCUGCUAAUUAGGUUAAGGUCCACUUGACGUGCACAAGGCACGGUCCUAGUCGCCGUCUCACAGCUGGGCAGUGUGGAGGAGUAGGGUUCUCAAGUGGGUCAAAGUCUCUGGCGCCUCGAUUUGCGGCGCGCAUGUCCGCUACAACUUCAUUGCGCUAUGAUGGUUUAUAGCUUUAGGUCGAUUAGUUGCGAAUUCUGACUGGAAGGACAUCCGCUAACGCUUGUGUAUCACAAAACCAAUUCACUUUGCAAGGACACUACACUAUCCCAGGAAUCCACCCAGGAAGUUUCAUACAGAUCCUGAUGUGGCAUUUCAAAAUAAAGGUUGUCUGAACACUGCAUAAUUUACUGUCACUACACCUGAAUUCAAAAAUAAUGCCUUAGGUAUUACAACACCAGUCCACUUCUGGGGCACACUAGAGUAUCCCAGCUUUACACCCACCAAGUUUCACACAGAUCUGAUGUUGCAUUUCAAAAGAACAGUCCUCUGAAAUAUAAAUGAAAUUUAAUAUUUUACUUAAUAUUUAUUUUACUCACGGUGAACGUUAGCACAUCUGCCUCACAGUUCUGAGGACGGGUUCAAAUCCUGGCCCCGCCUGUGUGGAGUUUGCAUGCGUGGGUUUUCUCCGGGCACUCCGGUUUCCUCCCACAUCCCAAAAACAUGUAUGGUAGGUUAAUUGAAGACUCUAAAUUGCCCUUAGGUGUGCAUGUGUGCGUGAAUGGUUGUUUGUUUCUAUGUGCUCUGCGAUUGGCUGGCGACCAGUUCAUGGUCUACCCUGCCUCUCGCCCGAAGAUUGCUGGGAUAGGCUCCAGCACGCCCGCAACCCUCGUGAGGAUAAGCGGAACGGAAGAUGAAUGAAUGAAUGAAUAUUUUACUGUCAUUACACCUGAUUCUAAAAAAUUAUCAAAAAUCCCUUAAGUAUCAAAAAAACUGUUUACUUUUGGGAGAUGAGACUAUCCCUGGGUUCCUUCCAGGAAAUUUAACCCAGCUCUGUUGUUGCAUUUCAACAUUAAGCUUGUUUGUAAUCAUAUUUUACUGUCAAUAAAGUAAGAAAUUAUUUUUACAUUUUUUUUCUGUUUUGCGGUUUAACUGUGGUUGGUAUUCAAGUAUUGUCACUGAAAGUGUGUGUCUGAUCAAGAACUGCUACACAUUGGAUUACAACAACUGAACAAUCACAACCGACUAACAAAGGAAACACGUGGCACCGGAGGAUACCUCCAGACUGUGUUAUUAGGAUUCCCAUAUAUUUUCCUGGCAGGACACGCCCCACUCCAAUAAAAUUGGCUCUUGCAUCGCGGAAAGGGCAGGCGACGCAGAUGUAACAAGAUGACGAUCUCAAACGUAUCACAUUUGUACUAAAUAAAAACAAAUACGUUUAUUAUGGUUCGGUUCAGGGCUACGGUUGGUGCUUAAGGCGGUUUAUAUAUAUAUAUAUAUAUAUAUAUAUAUAUAUACACAAAAUUCCAAUGAAGUUGGGAAGUUGUGUUGAACAUAAAAACAGAAUACAAUGAUUUGCAAAUCAUGUAUAUUUAAUUGAAUACACAAC